AUGGCUGGGGCAUGUGCUAAAGAUGGGCAGAACCAGACACCAUCACGCUGCAUUAAGAUGGACAACACCUUGGAAGAGAAAGAGCGGCGGAGUUCCUGGAUAAGGAUUGUGGAAGAUGAGUUGAAGGCAGCAGGGAGGACCUGGAAUGAAAUAGGAUGGCUUACGCAGGACAGUGACGGCUGGAGGAGAUUUGCGCCUUAUGCUCCACCGGAGCGAAGAGGAUUUACAUUACGUUCCACCAUGAAAGAGCCUUUGUCAUUACACAUACUAGAAUACGAAACGGAUGGUUAUUUGGAAGAAUUGCAACAGAAAUGGUUUGGGACAAUGAUAUGCUACAAAGAGGGCGACCUCGGUUCAAGUGACAUUGGAGAUAACAAGGUCCGAUUGGCACAUGUAGCAGGGUUGUUUAUAAUGCUGCUGUUUGGAAUUGGCGUCGGAGGUAUGAUUCUUCUUCUGGAAUACAUCAUGUAUAACUACGCAGUUCCUCGCCUACAUUCUCAACCCGACAAAAGGAAUUGGCUCGUAUUAAGUCAGCGCUUGCACAGAGCGGUGAAUACAGAAGAUUUGGUUUCAUCUAAGGCUAAUAUGCAAGAAAUGAUCACCAUGGUUAAGAAGGGACAAUUCACUAAGAUGUUUCAGAGAGAACAACUCAGAAGAAAGUCUAUGAUGCGAAGAGAGUCGAACAUGGAAAUGGGAUCAGAUGCAAAUUUAAAGGAUCUCAUUGAUUCUGUUGCAUGGGUAAAAAAUGACAGCAAGAGGCCCAGCCUUCAAGAGGAGAGUAACCAUGGUAACGGAUUUAAUAGAGCGAAGGAGAAAGAGAUGGAAGCUAGGCAGGAUUCCAGGAAAGCUUCUUUCCAUUGUUACCGACCAAAUCGUCUGCCAGACAUUCCUAGCGACAGUGACACGUCCUACGACAAUUUACAACGAUUUUCACCAUCGGGAGAGUUGGUAAGGUUUUCUCCACACGGCGAUGUAAUCAGUCAAUCUCCGUCAGACUCAAUGAAUGAAUUAGAACAAUUGGAAAACACAAGGUGGGAUGAGCAUGAGCAAGAUAGCUUUCUCAGUUUGAACUCUAAUCCAGGGGAAGAUGACAACGUAUGUUAUCCCAGUUUAGGUAAUCCUGAAAGUCAUGAACAAUCUGACAGUUUUGAUAGAAGGUACCGUCCACGUUGUUUAAGUUCGGAAAAUAGUAACGUUCAUCCGGAGCAGUAUCUUGGAGCCCACGGUAUUCUAAAUAGGUAUAAUGGACAAACUAAAUUUGGGUCGUGGACAGAAGAUGAGGAUGAGGAGGAUGAGGAUGAAGAAGACCAUGAACCGAGUGAAACACACCCAAUGAUGAUGGAAGAUAACCUGCCAAGAUACAGUCAGUUGUUAACAAAUCAGCGUGAUUAUGCAAAUAGUUCUUUUAAAAACCCUCAGUUUGGCGAAGAUUAUUCAAACAGAUAUGACCCUUACGACCCAGUUCUAUUUGACCCAAGGCAACUGUCGAAGGAAGAACUUGUAGUGAAGUGGCGACACUCUCAACGAGAACUAACGAAGCGCCUCGGUAAAGCUCUGAGCGAAAAGGCCAAACUGGAAAUGCGGGUGUCUGAAUUACAAUCUCAGCUGGACGACAGGUGA